GGGCACGGCUCCUGGCAGUGAAGCGCAGUCCCUCCAGUUGGGAUGCUCAGAACCCCCAGUCUCCCAGAGGCGUUUGCCUGCAGAGCCCCUUCUCCCUUACAGAGCAAGAGCCCAUGAAGGUGCUCGGAGUGGUCUUGGGUGUCGGGCUGGCCUUGCUGAUCCUGGUGGGCUUUGGCUGCGCCUUCAUCCGGUGGUACCAGAGGGGCCAGUGCUGGUGCCGGCCCGACUUCGUUUUCAACCUCUACCACACCUGUGGGUCGGUGGCGGUGGAGCUGGUGCCACCAUUCAGCAUCAGCGGCUCGCUGAGCGAGGCAGGGAGCAGCUACGCGCCUUUCCACAACCAGGGACCAUGAGCGGGAGCCGGGAUGUGCAGGUAGGAUGCUCCCUGCUCCUCCAUGCCUGGUGACGGUGAGGGGGUCCCUGGAGUUGUGUGCCUGGUAUUUGGGGUGGCUGGAGCAGUGGGUCUGUGCCCCAGAGCAUCCAUGCCUCCACGGAGCUCUAGGUCAUCGCAGCUUUCCCUGGGAUAAUCCCAAGGAUUUUCCUUUGAAAGUCCUCUUCUCGUCUGUGGGGCAUCAGGGGCUUUCCCUGGGCGCUGGUUUUGUGCGGGUGUCCCAGUGCAGGCUUCGGUUUGCAUUUCCUUCCCCAUGCCCCUGUCCUCAGCCUGGGAUGGGGCACACGGCUGGGA